CGGGACCGCAGGGAGAGAGAGAGAUUUUAGGAAGGACAGUUACAAAAGUUAAAGAAGAGGAAAAAUCAUGACACGAGACUAUAAUCUCAUCAACCGUCUCUCCUCGCUAUUGAAUGUGACAUCCCUCAACAUGGUGCUCGCGUCACCUAUUAAAUAGGCCUACUGAUUUUUUUUUAAGAAUCCAAAGCAACUUGAGGAUAUAAUGCCGGAAAACGGAUGAGAACUACUGCAGUCGCCUGGAAUCGCUUGUUGGAUAUUGAAUCCAGCGCGUGAUGCAGCUGGAUUUUUUAUUUUUUUAUAUAUAUAUAUAUACAGGCAUAAUAAUAAAGUAACGUAUUUCGGACGAGGAGAGAAGAGGAUUAUUUAACUACACGGGCGUUCGAGCCUACGAUCCGUUAUAUUUCACGUCAGAUUUGGCGCACUAUGGGAAUGCCAUUACCGGUCUGAUCUUAUAGUCGUGUGUAUGUGUGUGUGUCUGCCCAUGGGAUGUGAUGCAGCCACGCGUGUAUGUCAAGAUGGGUGAUGCCGCAGAGAUCAAGAACACGUUCAUCGUCCCUACGAUCAAAUCUUUUGAUCACUAUGAUUUUACAAGGGCCAAGAUCUCCUGCAGUUUGACAUGGCUCGUUGCCAAAGCCUUUGGUUCGGACUGUGUACCUAUGGAGUUGGAGGAUCCAUUUUAUCGGGACCAGUAUGAUCAGGAGCAUGUGAAGCCGCCUGUGGUGUCUCUACUGCUUUCUGCAGAGCUGUACUGCCGUGCAGGGAGUUUGAUUCUUAGGAGCGACGCGGCUAAACCUCUGCUGGGUCAUAAUGCUGUCAUUCAGGCCCUCGCGCAGAAAGGACUCUACGUCACUGACCAGGAGAGACUUGUUACCGAGAGAGACCUCUGCAAGACCCCCAUACAGAUGACUUCUCACCUGGCGAUGAUUGACACCUUGAUGAUGGCGUACACAGUUGAAAUGGUCAGUGUGGAGAGAGUACUGACAUGCAUACAGAAAUUUACUCCUUUCCUUCCUGAGGAAGACUUUCCCUAUGAUGCUGAAGAGGCAAUAACCACUUGGAUCAAUAAGGUAAAUGAACAUCUUAAAAACCUUUUGGCCCAAGAACAGAGAAUUGCAGAUACAGGAGAACUCUGCACAGUUCAAAAGGAGUGGGUCAAGAGGGAGGACUCUAAAGCACGCCCAGCUCUUUGUCUCCCUCUGGUGGAAAAUCUACUGAAGGACAACACAGAUGGCUGUGCACUGGCUGCGCUGUUUCACUUUUACUGUCCUGAUGCAGUACCACUGGAAGAUAUCUGCAUCAAAGAAACAAUGUCAUUGGCUGACAGUCUGUACAAUCUUCAGCUGAUCCAGGAGUUCUGCAGAGAAAAUUUCAACAACUGCUGUCACUUCACACUGGAGGAUAUGCUCUAUGCCUCCAGCACCAUUAAGAGUAACUACCUUGUGUUUAUGGCAGAGCUGUUCUGGUGGUGUGAAGUUGUGAAACCAUCUUUUGUUCAGCCCCGCACAGUCAAUACCAAAGUUUCCAACCCAUCAGAAUCCAAUACAAUGGCACCCAUAACCAAACAAAACCCGAUCCACAGACCAGGAAGUCCAGACCAGUCAAGUUCUCAACCUACAAAUGACAACUCGGCAGUUAUCAGGCGGCCAUCCUCCAUGUCUUAUGUGGACGGGUGUAUGGGGACAUGGCCAAAAGAGAAACGGUCUUCAGCUCAUGGGAUAUCCUUUGAAAUUCCUCUUGAUGACAACUUGAGUCCAGCUUCAGGUCGUGGGAUGAGCCGAUCUGCGAGCACUGAAGGUUUAGGUUUUAAAGUUCACCACGCGGCCCGAGGCGUGCGGAGGAACCUCUCAUUCCAGCCAAUUAAUGGAAAUACCCACAGCAGAUUACAUGAGGAAGAUGAUGAGAAAUUCAACAGACAACCAGGCAGACAUCGCCAGGGAAACUACACUGGGUACUCAAAUGGUGUGUUGACAGAUAACCCCAGCCCUCCCUAUGACCCAUGCCCUCAGCCUAGCACCCCUAGUAUAGAAGAAGCCCUGAAGAUCAUCCACGACUCAGAGCGACCCCACAGCAGCCUGCAGCCCCCAUCUGGGGACAGCACCUUUUUCUUGCACAACCCAACGUCCCCCAACAGCGCUGCUGCUGACGCAAAUAAUCCAGAGGACUCCCAUUCCAAGGCCCGAGUAGAUGACGCUGACCUGAAUUCCACCUCCACUGACAUGGAUACUGGAAUCCACGUCCGUACUGAGGACAUUCAAGAUGGACAAGAUGAGGAUUCAUCCUUGAAGGAUUACUCGGACAUGGACCAAGACUAUGAGGCUCGUUCCUGUCCACUUCUGGAGACAGACGGUAGUCCAUGUCUAAGCCUUUUGGGAAUGCGUUCUCUGGCAACCAGUAUGGCCUCCUCUUUGGGUUCUGCAGUGCGUAUGACCAGCUUUGCUGAGCAGAAGUUCCGUAAACUGAACCACGGUGAUGGCAGCAGUAGUGGAAGUGGUGGGAACACACCUGAUAGUGGCGAGAUAAAUGUCACAAAUAUGGAAGCGACUGGUACAGCACGCCCUGUUACUCCUGAUGCACGUGGCCCAGUUCUGCUCGCGUCACCCCGCGACCCCUCACACCUUCUGGCGUCAGAGAUGGUGCAGUUGAAGAUGAAAUUGGAGGAGAAACGCAGAGCUAUUGAGGCCCAGAAGAAAAAGGUAGAAGCAGCUUUCACACAUCACAGGCAGCGCAUGGGCAAGACAGCCUUUCUUAAUGUGGUCAGACGCAAAGGGGUCGUGUCACCACUUGGGGGCGAUAGCGAGGGCCCAGAUGAUCGAGAAAAGAGGGCCAGUGGCCCUCAACCCCAAAAGACUCUAUCAAAUACAAUGGACACCAGUUCUUCAUUGGAACGGUGUAGACCAGACGGUGCACCUCCAAAGUCACCCCUGGAGGAAGCCAGCUUGGAGGUGGACCUAUCAGAUUACACGCGAUCCAUUGAACGCCUGAAUACAUCUUUGAGCUUCCUGCAAACAGAGAUGCAGCGAUUGGCCCAGCAGCAAGAAUGCAUCAUGCAAAUGCGUGACCAGCAGAGUUGGGUGAUCUCUCCACCAGAUCCAUCGCCACGAAAACCAUUUCGUGAGUUGCGCAGCAGCAGUGUGGUGGGCCGUGGCUCUGUGGGGUCACUCUCCCCCAUCAUGUCGUCCACAGGCUCCCCACGCACAACACACCGUUCUCCAUCGACCAUAAAAAGGAAGUCAGCUUCCUUCCAUGUCAGGACUCCAAGAACGCCAAGGCCCAAUGAACUUAAGGUCACCCCCUUCAGCCGCAUGCUCAACACCCCGCAGUCAGUUGACAGCCUGCCUCGACUUAGACGCUUCUUGCCAAGCCAAACUCAAACAAGCUCUUCUGCCUACCUGGGACAUGACGAGGGACCUUCAAGUGAGGGCAACACAACAAAAGGGAAAUCACACAAGCAAGAGUCCAAAGACGAGCCAUCAUCUGAUGCAAACACUCAAAACCAAACAGCUGCUAAUCUGCCAUCUGCUGAGGUGAAGCAAGGACAGAAGAAAGAGGAAUUCAAAGAUGGAGAGAAUACAGAGAUGGAAUCUGAGUUGUUUUCUCAGACAAUAGCAGAUCAUUUGAUGGCCAUCGGGAACACAAAUAAAGCCAAGUCACAAGAGAAGAAGUAUCUGAUUGAGGUUCCACUCUCUGUGCUGAAGCCUCUGGAUGGACAUGACCUGGAGAGCAGCAAAGAAACAGAGACUGGAUCAGAAUCCAGACCAGACCAGAAGAUCUGCUGUGGCUUCUUCUACAGGGAUGACCUGAAGGGUGAGGAGGAUAUUGCACAGAAGAAAGCAGCUCUGAUGGUGAAAAGGCUACAGAGGGAGAGAGAGAUGCAGAACAAGAAACAGCAACAGGAGGCUGAGAUGGAACAGAAGAAAGAAGCAGCAAAAUUACAAGUGGAGGAGGAACGUCAGAAGAAAGAGGAGGAGAAGGCAAGACGGGACUACAUAAAAAAUGAGUAUUUGAGGAGGAAGCAGCUCAAACUGAUGGAAGACAUGGACAGUGUCAUUAAGCCCCGCUCUUCAAGUGUCAAACUAAAAAAGCCACGCCCCAAAUCUAUGCACAGAGACAUUAUGGAGUCUCCAAAACCUCCAGCACGGACACCCACAGGGUCACGGCCACGUGGAUACUCCGUGUCCAGCUUGUCACUCGCCUCCCUUAACUUGGCAGACAGUGAGAGUGUCCAAUCAGAUAAGAGGACAUCCAGAGGCAGCAGACUGUCACCUGGCAGUCUGUGUUUCUUUCUCAACUCCUCUAAAGGAAGAAAGGGAAGGCCAGAGACUACAGAGGGCUGUUUGUCACCAUGUCCAUCAGUAAGUGGUAAUGGGGAGAACUGGGAACUAGAAUCGACGACAUCAUCUGCAGCGUCCAAUACAGAAUACACAGGGCCAAAGCUGUACAAGGAGCCCAGUGCUAAAUCAAAUAAAUACAUCAUCCAGAACGCACUGGCUCAUUGCUGCCUUGCAGGCAGAGUCAAUGAGGGACAGAAGAGCAAGAUCUUAGAGGAAAUGGAGAAAACAGAAGCCAACAGCUUCCUCAUUUUGUUUCGGGACUCUGGCUGCCAGUUUCGCUCUCUGUACACAUAUUACCCAGAGGCGGAGGAGAUAAUCAAGCUGGCUGGAAUCGGGCCCAAGAACAUCACGCCCAAAAUGAUUGAGAACCUAUAUAAAUACAGCUCUGAUAAGAAACAGUUCAGCAAGAUCCCAGCCAAGACUAUGUCUGCGAGUGUGGAUGCCAUCACCAUCUACAGCCACCUCUGGCAAAACAAGAAACAAAGCACGCCCAAAAGACUCUUCAAAUAAAAGGCAAAAUUCUCACCUCACUGGCAGUGUUUUGAAAUUGCAAAGUGUACUUGCCUAUUGGACCUUGUGAUGCACAACCUGAAUGUAACGAAAACACUUAUGCAGGUUUUGUUUGAUGUUCAUAUGUGGCAAAUUUGAGAUCCAGUGUUCAAGAAUACACACACACACACACACACACAUUAUUCCAUGUGUGUGGGUUUGCAGCACUGACUGACAUGCUUCUAGAAAAUUUUUAUUUUAGAUGUUAAACUUGUGUGGCCUUAUGCUUGUCUUGUCUUGUCUUUUUAUGCUAUGCUUAAAGCGCAGUUAAUGAGUUUAAUAGCAAGUCAUUGCAUUGUUUGAAGAUGCACAACCUGCUUUUGUGUUUGCAGACAUGCAGGUCAAUAUUGGGGACAUACGACACUUGAAGACUAACGUUGCUCUAAAGAAGUUAAAGAAGGUCAUGAAGCUGAAUAAGCAUUUACUGGAACCUCAGAAACUGUCUUUGUCUUUAUUUAAUGUCCGAGUUCAUUUAUAUUUUGGGUAGGAUUCGUAAUGCUUGUUGAACAUCAGCUGCUCCGGAGGAAUGUGUGUGUGUAAAAUUAGCAACAGUUAGAGUAGUUUGUGCGAAACGACUCUUUUUACAAAACACUCAUGUCUCUCUGUAUCUGUGACGUAUAUGUAAUGAUGGGGCCUUUAACUGAUGAAGUUGAGGACCAAAAUGAAACAUUUUCGCUUAAGAAUUUAUUAAAUACAUUCCUAGAUAUAUUGCUAUCACUUGUAGAAUCACAGCCCAAAAUAUUGGGGUACCGCGUAUGUUUGAAACAUACAUUUUAGGCAGUUCAGCUAAGCUGACUGUUUGACUAGAGUAAAUUUACAUACUGUAUGAAUAUAACAGAGGAAACAUUAUUGAAUAUCAUAUAAUGAAGCUUUCAAAGAGAUGGUGCAUAUUAUUGCUAAAUGAUGUAACUCAUUUUUAAUUAUGAAGUGCAUUUUAAAGAGCUGGGACAUUUGGCAGGCAGAGUAUUGUAACAUUUUUUUCGUCUGGUGCAAAAGAAUCGAAAGAUAUUUGUUAUUUUUACUAAGUGAAGUAAAUCAUUGUUUGGAUUUAUUGAUGCUGUACAGAUAUAGUUUUACAUACUAAGCAUAUUUCUUAAGCCAUUGAGUAUUGCAGAUAUUUUUCAUAUGAAAAAGAUGUUUAACAGUAUGGGUCAGUCCUAUAAGAAGGCCCAAGUGAUGAGAGCAGAAGGAAGCUGUUCUGAGAGUUGUUAAUAUCCACAUGCCGUUUAAUCUUUUUUCCAGGUCAUGUCAGCUGGUUUUUGUCAUCACACUCUUUGUCUGUUUGUAUUUGAAUGUUAACCUCAACAUAAAUACAGAUUUACAUCCAAACUUUGUCCUAUCUGAGCUGUUUUUCUCCUCUGUUAUGAUCCAAUAUUACUAUCUACUUGUCAACAACAACAAAUAUUAUUCUUAGUAUGAGCUACUGUACUUAUUACUACGUUUAUUUUGGAAAGCCAAUUUCUGUAUACACAUAGCUUGCCCUGACUUCAAAAAAAGCUUCUGAACAUUCCCAUUUUUAUUGCCUAGGAAAAAGAGAGACAGUUCAUUAAACACACAUGAGCCUUUAGGGUGGGUUGUCACAUGGGGUAAGUUGUCACAAUAGGAAC